AUGUCCCGCCUUCUGGAAGCGGCGCUGCUUUCUGGCCCUUCCUUUUUCGACGGAGUCGAGAUGGGUGACGGCGAGCAGCUGAUCAGGACAGGGCGACAUCUCCACAACGAAGAGAAUCAGUCGUUCAAGGUCCAGCCAACAAUCUCCAGCAGCACAGCUGACGUCUUUUCAAGCUCAUGGGGCCUUGUAGGCGACAGAGGAAACUUCCAGCGGUCUGCACUAGCGAUUCCGAUGUCUACAUACCGGAAGACUGCUAUAGCCAUCAUCAUCGUCGCCGUCGCUGCCACCGCCUCCUCCUCAUCAGACUGCAGGCACAAGGAUUCGACUGACCAAGAGGCGAAUACCUCCACCCACUCCUUCACAGACGUAGCCUACACAUCAGCACAAGCGCAAGACCAGGAAGGUGACCUCGCCAACCUUUGCAGUCCCGAAGGUCCCUUCGUGGCCCACUACAUGGCAUGCGUGCAGUGCGAUAGCGACAACGCGGAAGAUUACGCCGCGUACUUUUCACCGUUUAUAUCGUCUUGCUCGAGCGCGUCGAGCCCCAUCCCAGCGUCCGUGACGUCGUAUAUCGAUCUCGAUCUCUACGCCAUCGAGACCUUCUACAUCGAGGGCGAGGGCAUCACUUCGGAAUAUGUGGUUUAUAGCACCUCGACGGUUGGGACGGUCGCAUGGAACUCUGUCCUCUACGAGGUUUCCGCCAACGGCCUGAUCGAGUCGUACCUCCCCACCAGCGUCAUGGCGCAGCUCAUCAAGUCUGUAUCAUCGGCGGCGAGCGCCGCCAAGGUCACGGGGAAUCCCACCGAGCUGCUGUACUCGGCACUGGAGGCGGCGUCGAAGCCGGCGUGGUUCACGAGCGCCAUCCCGGCCUCGUACACGAAGCAGAUCGCCACGCUCGAGCAGCAAAUUGAGUCGGUCUGGAAGACGGCCAUGGCAGUCACCAUAACAACGUCUGCAACGUCUUGGUCAACGUCCUGGGUUAGUGAGACGUUGAGUGCCAGUGCUGUGGCUGCGCCUACGACUGCCGCAGCAGCAGCGAAGAAGUCGGCCAGCAGCAAAGCGUGGGUAGCAGGGCCUGUCAUCGGCUGCGUCGCAGGCAUCACCCUGAUCAUGCUCGGCAUGCUUCUGUUCUGCCGCCGCCGGAAAAGAAGAGCAGCAGCAGCAGCAGCAGCAGCAGCAGGGGAAGAAGCAGCAUCGAAACCAGACAAACCUGAGCUGCCCGCCGACCCCGCUGCCAUCUACGAGGCUCCGGACGGCGCCGUCGUGCAUGAGCUCGAUAGCACACAGAUAUCUACGCCUAGGGUUGAUGACAGCGAGGCGUGGAGGCAACAACGAUCGCCUAUUGAGCUGGAUGGGGAGGCGACUGGCUUUCUCCGGGACAACAGGAGCAGCAACACCGAGAAUGUUGGGCUCAACUGCUUUGAGGAGGAGGAGACAUGUCCAUAUUUCUUAUCACAUAGCAGUGGCUGUCAGGUUGAGAUCAUUGUGGUAACAGGCGGGUGA